AUGGUCGAAAUGUGUGCGGCCCUGCAGCCGCUAUGGGAAAGCGGUAGCACAGAAGACGCACACAGACAUGCAGAAGUGUUGACAGAACAUAUUAACACGCACGGCGUACGUACGCUCAUGUCUGAGCGGAUUCUUGAGGCUUUGCUGGACAAGCUCAAGAGCAAGAAACAUGCAGAAGAUCGCGAGCGCGCAGCCAUCGGACUCGGUGCUAUCGCAUCCAAGGUUGCCGGGAAAAAUGCGCCGUUACCUCUGGGUGCGGAACCGUGGCUUAUUCCCGCUAUUGCUCCGUUGCUCGAAACGUAUGCGGACAAGAAUGAGAAGGCGAAACAAGCGGCUGAAAGUGCCAUGGCAUCAAUCGUUCCCUUGUUCCCCCCGGAGGCAGCGGCAGAACUUCUGGAUGUGCUGUAUGGCGUCAUCAUGUCCAGCACGGCCAAGUGGCAGGCCAAGGUCGGUGCGCUCAAGAUCAUUGGGCGCCUCGCUGAUCUUGCGUAUGAACAGGUCGGCGACGAACUAACACAAAUGACCCCUGUCUUGACGCAGGCCAUGCACGAAACCAAGGCUGAAGUGUCCAAGCAGGCCAUCAAGACAGCCACAAAAGUGUGUGGUGUGAUUGACAACAAUGAUAUUCGACCGUUCAUCCCCGAUCUGGUCGGCUGUAUGGCUCGUCCUGACUCGGUCCCUGCAUGCAUCAAGAAGCUGUCUUCCAUUACCUUUGUCGCUGAAGUCACUGGCCCAGCACUGGCUGUCAUGGUUCCUUUGCUUAGUCGCGCGCUCAACGAGCGUAGCCAGACUGUCCAGCGGCAGUCUGUUAUUAUCGUUGAUAACUUGUGUAAGCUGGUCCGUGAUCCACACACGGCAGCGCUAUACUUGCCUGGCUUGCUGCCAUCUGUCGAGCGUAUUGAAGAAGGAGCCAGUUUCCCCGAAGUCCGUGAGCAUGCGAAGAGUGCAGUUCACACACUUCGUACGGCGUUUGCCGCAGCGGAUGCAUCGAAGCAGGACCCUCAAGGCACAGAUCCUCUUGCUCGACUGGCUGAAGCACGCUCAAAGGCCCUCCAGCGUCUUGCAGAUGCUGUCCAGCCUCGCGUGCCGACGGGUGUAGUAUUUUCGGCUCUUGGCGAUGCCUUCACCCGUACUGGCCUCGAAUAUGUCUCUCGCGUCGUGGUCCGCUUGGCCGACAAGCGCAUCGUGCAAGCGGAACCAUGGAACGAUGUGUAUGUGCUGCCGCACCUUCGGCGUGUGUGUGAGACUGCGGAGGGCGCGCAGAACGCGACGAACUUGCUCCGCGAAGAGUAUGAAAAGCUUGAUUUUGAGCGCUUUGGCAAGCCAGAGGACGACGGCAGUGAGCUGGAUGGCGAGAAGCUGUGCGACACCAUCUUCAGUCUUGCAUAUGGUGGUUUGCUCCUUUUGAAUCACACGCGUCUGCGUCUUUAUCGUGGUCGUCGUUACGGUAUUGUUGCAGCCAAUGGUAGUGGUAAGUCGACGCUGCUCAAGGCUAUGCGCGAUGGCAAAGUCGAGGGGUACCCAGAGCAGGAUAAGGUUCGCACUGUCAUGGUUGAGCACUCGCUACAGGGUGAGGACGGCUCGAAACCAAUUCUCGAUUUUGUCGUGUCGGAUCCGAAGCUUGCGGGCAAGAACCGCGACGAAGUUGCCGAAGCUUUGCACUCUGUCGGCUUUGACGAAGAGCGGCAGCAGACGCCUGUGGGCAGUUUGAGUGGUGGCUGGAAGAUGAAGCUUGAGCUAGCUCGUGCUAUGUUGAUUGGAGCAGAUAUUUUGCUGCUAGACGAGCCAACGAACCACUUGGACGUGGGUUCGGUGCGUUGGCUAGAGAACUACCUGAUUUCCAACACGAAUGUGACUGUGCUGACCGUGUCGCACGACUCGAGCUUCCUAGACAACAUUUGCACGGAGAUCAUCCACUACGAGCACAAGAAACUCAAGUAUUACCACGGCAACCUGUCUGAGUUUGUCAAGACGCGCCCGGAGGCUAAGAGCUACUACUCCCUGGCUGCGACGUCAGUCAAAUUCACUUUCCCACCACCGGGCUCUCUCAUGGGUGUGCGUUCGAACACACGCACGAUUCUCAAAGCUUCACACGUCACCGUACAUUAUCCCACCAUGCCGCGCCCUUCGCUCGUGGAUGCUUCCGUGUCUGUCAGCUUGUCGAGCCGUGUGGGUGUCGUUGGGCCUAAUGGUGCAGGUAAAAGUACACUCAUCAAGGUGCUGACGGGCGAAAUUGUGCCCAAUGAGGGCAAGGUCGAAAAACACCCUAAUCUGCGUGUGGCAAUGAUGGCCCAACACGCAUUCCACCAUCUCGAGCAGCACUUGGAGAAGACUGCGUGCCAAUACAUUCGCUGGCGGUACCAGGACGGCCAUGACCGUGAAAUUACCGAGAAAGCCACCCGAAAGCUGAGCGCUGAAGAGGCCGAGCAGAUGAAGGUCCCCAUUGUGGCCCAGACGGGUGAGAAACGCACGAUCGAGUUUAUCGUCGGACGUAGCAAGCUGAAGAAGAGCUACCAGUAUGAGAUCAAGUGGGUCGGCCUGGAGCACAAGUACAACACGUGGAUUCCUCGUGAGCGUUUGCUGGAACUCGGCUUCUCGAAGCUUGUACAAAAGUUUGACGACUUUGAUGCGUCCCGCGAGGGUGCAGGAAGCCGUGACUUGAGCCAGAAGGCCAUCCGUUCGGAACUAGAGGCCGUGGGUUUGAACGGCGAAAUUGCCGAGAACAACGCGAUGGGCGGCUACAGUGGUGGUCAGAAGGUCAAGGUCGUCUUGGCUGCUGCUUUGUGGAACAAUCCGCAGGUGCUUGUCCUCGAUGAGCCAACCAACUACCUGGACCGAGAGGCGCUCGGUGGUUUGGCUGUUGCGAUUCGCGAAUGGGCAGGUGCCGUCCUCAUCAUUUCGCACAAUCAGGAAUUCAUCAAUGCCUUGUGUCCAGAGAUUUGGAACGUGGAGAAUGGUCGCAUAGUAUCGAAGAUGCGCACCGACAUUGCCAGCGAGAACUUUGCCGACUCCAACCCCAAUACACCGGCCGGCACUGAGCCGAACAGCGCGGCGCCCAGUGCGCCAGGCAGUGCAGCGCCCAGUGCUCCUGCAAGUGCUGCACCAAGUGCUCCGGCGAGUGCUGCUCCUAGUGACGAUGAAGACAUGUCGAAAUUGAAGGCAAAGAAGGGCAAGAAGAAGAUGACGCGAAAUGAGAAGAAGGCUCAAGAAGAACGCCGUCGCUUGCGUCUGAACCGCUGGCUCCAGUAUGGUGGCGAGCGUGAACCCGACACUGACGAUGAAUAA